AAAGAAUGACUUUAAAAAGACUCAUGAUUUAACAAAUCAUCUUAACAGAAAAUUUAAGUGUAAGCAAACCCAAAUACCCAACCUGGUUUAUCCACCUAAUCCUAAUAUAUUCAGAUCUCAAUCACCAGCAUCUAAUUCUCCAUCUUCUCUAGUCUAUGUUCAUGAAAAGAAAAGAUCCAAAAGAGGCCAAACAAUGCAUUUAUCUAUAGAGGAUUUGUUUGAUUUAAUAGAAGAGUCUUCUAGUAAAUGGCAAAAGAAAACCAAAGUAUCCCAACCAAUAGAAGAAGAUUCUAAAGCAGAAUUUGGCCUGACUACUCAAUCUGAAAAAGAUCCAAAAGAUUUAAAUAAAAAAGUACCUUGGCCGGUUUCAUUUCCAGAUAAAGAAUGGCAUCGGGAAGUAUGGCAAAAGGGUAUUCAAACAGCAAAAGACAUGUUUAAAGUAGAUGGUGCUGAAUAUGCUUUCUCAACCUGGUUUGCGGAAAUAGAAUCCAAAAAAUAUGAAGCUGGGAUAACCAAAGAGCAAGCCCAAGAAAUUUUAAAUGCAAUUGACAAUGGCGAGUUCUUAAUAAGAGUAAAAUUUAUUAGAAAUGAUUCUGUAUAUAGAGAUAAAUCUCAAACAAAGAUCACUUUUAAAAUUAUUGAUAAAUAUGAGCCUAUUCGUGAAUCAAAAAAGGCAGGUAGAAAAUACAUCAGGGGUGGCCCCAAUGUUAUAUUUACAAAGAAAACGAAACCAGGAUUUUGGAUAGAAAUAGAUGAAAAAUUUCUGAUCAGAGAAGUUAGUGAGCAAUCUGAAGUAGAAAGACUUGAUACCAAUACACAUUUUGAUCAAGCCAAAAGAGGACAUGGACUCACAAAAAUUCAUCGGCAAAAAAUAAAUGAUUGGGAGAAAAAAAUGCGCAUUUCAGAUGCUCGAGGUGAUACAUGGGAAGCUAUCAGUAAUGCUCUCAGAGGACCUCAAGCAAUCUGGCUUAUGGGAGUGGGAGAUACGAGUCAAACAAUAUCCCAGUUUGUUCUAGAAGAUGGUUGCAUAUUUAGAACAUGGAAAAAGCAUACAGAAAUUAUAGAAACGUGCAAACAACUGGUUAAUGAUACAAUAGAUUGGCAAUAUCAGGAAAGAAUAAUCAAUAAGGAAAAGAAAUCGAUUUUUUCAGAGUCUCUAAAAGUUGUUGAUUUAGCAGAGCAGGUAUUUGGUACAAACCAUGCUGGAAGCCGACUCGCUAAUGAAAUCAAUGAAUGGCAUUCAAUAUCUGGAAAAGUAAAUGAAAAUAUAAGGCAAGCCUGUGUCAAGCAUGGGCAUGGUCAAGGAGAAUGUACACCAUGGUUCAAUAGGUUCGGACAUCUAACACACUACCUUGUUCGAGUUGCGGUAAAUGGAAAAUUGCCAGAGGAUGAUAUCACUGGAUUUGCGCAAUACAGAAAACAUUUUGCAUAUCAAAGUGGAGAAGGAUGUGGGAAAGAAAAAGAAUGGGCACCUAUUGUACUUCUACGAUAUCUUCUUGAGGUUGGUAUUCUAGAAAGUGUGACUAUUAGAGAGGCAAUAAUUUCUCUUACUAAACAGACCAAAGUAUGGCUACCUAGAAAUCGAGAUAUUAGUUGUGCAAUUAUAGGUAAGUUUACACAAGGUGACAAGAUUGAUAAAAAACACCUUAUUCAUCGACUUGUAACAGAUGAAGGUAAGCUUGAUUUCUUGAUCAAAGAUUGUACUGAUAUUGAAACUUUUGCCGGAAGAGAAAAAUGUCCACUUGGAUUCAUACUUACAUAUUAUGAGGGACAUCAACCUCAAUAUAUAUAUUUGCAGACCUCAAUGUUAGCAUAUGCGCAUAUUAAUUUGUUAGAGAUGCUUUGGAGAUUUGAUCCUAAUGAAGUAGUAAGGAUUGCUACAGAUUCUAUAUAUGUACGAAAAGAGGCUUUAUAUAAGAUCGAAAAUAUAUCGGCAUUCUUCGAGCAAGUUGAGGUAAAGUCAGAUCCAAAUUUAUGUUCACACUAUCCUUCUUGUGCAAUGUGUACUGAUCCAAAAGAAUUAUUUAUUUCAAAAUCUGAAUAUGCAAAAUGGAUUAAAGAGUUUCUAAAAACAAAAAGGCCUCUAGUAAAAUAUGAUUGCAAAAGACAUAAACCAUUUGUUUGCAGAUUUUGCUUUGGAGAAUGGUUUUAUAAACCAGACUCCUAUGCUCUUUCACAUCAACCAGAAAAACAAGAAAUCCGAGAAAUUCAACCCAGUCAAUGGUGUAACAAAGGUAAAAAAAUAUAUGGACCAGUUAGCGAUAUUGUAUACUGGCCAAAGAAUAGACAUUGGGAAUCGAUCAAAAAUAUUCCUGAAAGUACAGCACCCUCGAUUCAUGAUCCUAUUACAAGAUGUUGGAAAUUAUAUCUUAAUGGAGGAGGUGGUUUAGGAAAAACAACGUGUGCAAUUCAAAUUUUCAAAAAUAUAAACAUGGUUGUAAUUUGUUGUGAUGAUGAUGCACAACCUUCACCAUUCUUCAGAAAAAUGCCACAUAAUUGGUUAAAAGAGCAUGCUGAUUAUUACGAAGAAGUUUUAACUGAUUAUCAUGCAAAAUGUUCUAAAUUAUGUGAACUCAAAAAAGCUAUGCGUCGACAAAAUAAUCGAAUACAAUCAAAAUUAUUUCGAGAAAUUCUCCCAACUAUAGAAAAAUGGGAACAACUUCAUCAAAUAAAAUAUCCUGAAAUUCCAAUCCCAUUAAUUUAUAGGCCAAGAGUAAAAAAUGAUAUAGUAUACUUAUCCUUAAAUACACUUCCUGACAAAUUCUUAAAAGAUAUGUUGGCAGAUAAAAAAGUCAUAGAUUGGGAACUUGAAUAUGCUAUGACUAUUCAUACUAUUGGUCGUAUGGAAUAUUUAAACCAACUCAUUCAGGUUGAAGCACCUCCAUUACCUCCUGAAAUUGCCUAA